AAAAAAAAAAAAGUAUCGAAUAUUCUUCUCCUUCAACUCUUUACCAGUGAACCAAGACUCAAACCUUCGCAAAUCGGAGGUCCCGCAGAAAGAAACUCCCUCAGUCAGACGCUGAUUUGAAAAUCCCCAACCAACAAAAUCCGAGGGACAAGAGACUAUGGACACAGCCAUUGACCUCUCAGAUGCCUCCAAGGCCUUGGAUCUGGCCAAUAUCCGCUUCCAGUUAAUCCGACUCGAGGACACCAUCACCUUCCACCUGAUCGAGCGCGUCCAAUUCCCCCUGAACAAGCCCAUCUAUUACCCCGGCGGCGUCAAGAUUCCCGGCGAGGAUGUCCCGCUCAUGGAUUACAUGCUCCGCGAGCAGGAGCGUAUCCAGUCGCGCGUACGUCGCUACCAAUCUCCAGACGAGUAUCCUUUCUUUCCGGACGUCCUCGAAGCUCCGAUCCUGGCGCCGCUGAAGUAUCCCAAGAUUCUGCACGACAAUGAUGUGAACGUCAAUCAGAUCAUCAAGCAGCGGUACGUUGAGAAUAUCCUCCCGGCCGUGUGUCCACAGUUUGGACGUGAAGAUCGUGGUGAGACGCAGGAGAACUACGGGUCGGCGGCGACGGCGGAUGUUAGCUGUCUGCAGGCGCUGUCUCGGCGCAUUCACUUCGGCAAGUUUGUGGCGGAGUCGAAAUUCCAAAAGGAGCCUGAGCGAUUCGUCAAGAUGAUCAAGGAGAAUGAUCGGGCAGGGAUCGAUGCCGCGAUUACCGAUGCGAAGGUCGAGCGCAAAGUGCUGGAGAGGCUGGCACUGAAGGCGAAGACGUACGGAACUGAUCCGGCAUUCCCGACGGAGAACGGCGUUAAGAUCAAUGUCGGUGCUGUAGUUGCCAUGUACAAGGAAUACGUCAUUCCCUUGACCAAGGUCGUAGAGGUUGAGUACUUGAUGCAACGCCUGAAGGGCACACAAUGGGAGUAAACAAACGAUAGAUCAGGUUUUACGAAGAUAGAGAACGAGCCAUAAACGCGUGACGUAUAAGAAAAAAAACGAGAUCAUAGAGUUAUU